UUUAAGACCGCAUCAUAUGAAGAUACAGGACAGAUCAUUACUCAUUUUUUUAGUUUUAGGUAUUUUGAAAAGCGAUGCAUUCAAUACACGUGUGAAACGACAUGCACCAAUCAGAUUUCAACGGAGUACUCGGCAAUCGGUUGUUCAUUUUGAGUUUCUUGAUCAAGAGUAUGUAGUAGAUCUUGAACCGAAUCAUUCCACAUUUCACGAAAACUUCAAAGUGUUUACACAAGACGGCCCCCAAAUCGUUCCACGAGAUGAAUACAUUGGAACAGUCAGAGAGCCACGAGCAGGAAGAGCAGUUUUGACGCAACUCGAAGAAAACGUUUACAUAGGAAGUUUAUACUUUGUUGAUGACACGUUACAUCUAGAGCCAUCUUACCCGCAUCAACUUUCUGAUGAUCUUGGGCCUGUUGUUGGAUACUUUGAAUCAGACUUAGAUUUGAAUUUAGACUUGUCUGCGAUGCCGGUGCGGAAUCAGGUCUCAUUCCGCCGUGCCAACCCAUUUCUUAAACACCGAAGAGCCAUUGCAAUUCCAAGCGAUCGACGAAAAGAUGUUUUGAACGUGAAGCGUAAUAGAUGUACAUUGAAGCUCGUGGCCGAUUACUCGUUCUACUCAAUUUUUGGCAAAAAUAACACAGGAAUCGUCACAAAGUUCCUUGUGAACAUGAUUGCCCGUGUUAACGAAAUCUACACGCCGAUCAAUUGGGAUGUUGGAAAGGAAGACGAUAUAUCUGGGAGAGGAAGGUUUCAAAAUAUGGGAUUCUCCAUCAAGGAAAUCAAAGUUCUCGAUCGCCCAAACGCCUCUGACUCUCAUUACAACUCGUAUUCUAGAAUAUGGGAAGUGGAACGGUUGCUCCGGGAGUUUGCUUUUGCUGAGGGAUCAAAGGAUUUCUGUUUGGUACAUCUUGUAACAGCACGAACGUUUCGAGAAGUCGCCACACUUGGUCUGGCCUAUGUGAGCUACAAAAAGUGGGACGAAACGGCUGGUGGAAUAUGCUCCAAACAAGAAACGUUUAAUGGAAGAGUUGCUUAUAUCAAUGUACUUCUCUCCACUAGCUUCGCGAAUUCUGAGCAAUCGACUUAUCCACUGAUUACCAAGGAAAUUGACAUUGUAGUCUCACAUGAGUACGGCCACGCUUGGGGCGCCACUCAUGAUCCUACAAUCGACAGUGACGAUCCAGAUGUUGAAGAAUGCAGUCCAAAUGAUCAAAACGGUGGAAAGUAUCUGAUGAGUCAGUAUGCUCAGAAAGGAUACGAUGCCAACAAUGUGCUUUUCUCUCCCUGCUCACGGAAACUCAUUCGAGACGUGCUUAUUGGAAAAUGGGAAAGCUGCUUCCAAGAAGAAAUGACAUCAUUUUGUGGUAAUGGAAUUGUUGAAGAUGGCGAGGAAUGUGAUAAUGGUGUGGAUACUGACAACGAGUUCAAUUGCUGCGACAAAUUCUGCCGGCUCGCUGUUGGCGCAAAAUGUUCACCCCUAAACCAUAUUUGCUGCACACCAACCUGUCAGUUCCACAACUCUACCCAUGUCUGUUUACCAGGAGAUUCCCUUUUAUGUAAAGCUGAUGCUGUAUGCAACGGUUUCUCUGGUGAAUGCCCAUCCGCUCCCCCAGUCAGAGAUGGUCAAGAGUGUCUUGAAGGUGGUGAAUGCCUAAAUGGUGUUUGCUUACCGUUCUGUGAAAAAAUGAGUAUUGGAAAGAAGAGCUGCAUUUGCGAAGAUUUGGAACUUUCUUGCCGUCUGUGCUGUCGUGACUACAACGGAACGUGUGCUCCUGUUCCUGGUCAUGUUUACCUUCGAGAUGGUGUCCGUUGCUCAAAAGGAUCUUGCCGAGAUAGAAAGUGUGUAAACGAAGUUGUCGAUAAUGUCCGCAACUACUUUUUGAUUACUUUCCAGACUACUGGAGGAGUUUUGGAAUUCAUCAAAACGCACAUCGUUGUCAUUGCAAUUAUCUUCUUCACUCUGAUAUUUGUGGGGAUUUAUAAAAUCGUUAAGUAUGGAGAAAAUUUCACCGAAAAGGUGACACAUAAGACAGCUGGAGGGUGUCGUUCAGUAUUUGUCAAAGCGGACGUCAAUUAGUUCUUUGGAUAUAAAAAUUGUUGUUACUUUUUGCCUAAUAAGUCUUUUCAACCAAUUUAUCACGUUUCAAUAGUCUGUGUUGUUCUUUUUUCAUAUCGCUUUAUGUUUGCUCCUGAAUUUUUACAUUGUCGGGUGAUUCUUUUUAAUGUUUAUCUUGGUAUAGGCGUUUCAUUCAAUUCUAGGCUAAUACUUUAUACUCAAUCUGUGUUUCAUCUCAUAUUACCGGUAUUACUCUAUUAUCUCCCAAUGUGCCUAUAAAAUACAACGGUUUUUUAAAAAUUCUUUUUGAAGUAAAAAAACACUUAUUUUCUAAGAAAAAUUAACGUUAAAUUUACAAUAGGUGCUUAUGUUAAUCGGAACCAGCAUAUGAAAUCGAAUUAUAUUUUUGAGACUUACAGUUAGAAAUAAUACAAAUAUGACUUCCAUGAAUGAAUGAAUGAAAUAU